ACAUCAUAACAACAUCACUAAUCCUAUUUAAAAAGGCACCAUGGUUAUUCCCAUAGCAAACCUCUUCAUCCCACCUGGCUCUUUUAGAAAAUUACACUACAUAAGCAAACUGACCUAUUUGCUUGCUGGAGUAUUUUACUAUUAAAAAGUAAAGAAGUCCAUAUCUUUAGAAACAAAAGAUAAGCAAGGAGACUGGGUUAAGUAGCUGUAAUAGAAUCUGGGAUACUAUUAAACUUGGCAGUGUAGCAGAUAGAUAUUAUUAUAAAACUUUCCACUAUAAACACUACUGUAAUACAUAGAAACAUUACAAAACCAAUAAAGGAGAAUAUUUGUAGCUCAGCAAUGAUGAUGAUGGUAUCUAGUUUGGGUAAUGAAACAUUUUUCAAGAAAACAAGCAAGCUCAGAAAGUACCAAGUACCCCACAUUACAAAACAGAAAACGGUGGAGUUGCUGUUUUGAUUUUGAAAAUAAUUUGAGUUUAUCUAUAGCAGACAAUUUGGGACACAGUUAAACAUAAUUCCUAUUAAUGGAUCUUUAGCUUUCUGGGCUGUAUUUCACACAUGCUUGCUUUACUAUUACCAGUAACAUGUCAAAUAAAUAUCCCCCCCCCUGCAACGAAUUUAAACUUUAGUAUCAAAAUAACAAAAAAAUUCAGGAUAUUUAAAUGAGAGUAACAGGUCCCAGAUCAACGUACAGUUUUCAAAUUAUUUUUUAUCAGUUCUAGGAUAUGGCACCUAUUUAUAGGAUUGAAGCUAUGAUACCUCAAUUGGAGGAACAGAAAGUCAACUCUUGUCACCUCAAUCUGAACUCACCCAAAAAAUAAAUAAAAUAAAAGACUUUCCGAGGGAGGUGGUCGAAAAAAAAAAAGGAACUUUCCUGUUCAGCAGCUGUGGCCAGCUCCACCAGGGGGCGGGAAGAAUAAGGAACGAUUUCGCGUCGUGUACCAGUUUGUCCGCCCGCGGCCCCUGUACCAUCUGCGGCUCUCAGGCUGUUUGAACGCGGGGAAAAGUUUCUGCAACGCGAUGGUGCCCAAGUGUAUCAGAAGAAGACCGCCGCCCGGCAGGUCAGCGAGGGUGAGCUGCAGGGGUGAGAGGAAGAGGAGGAGGAGGUGCUGGUAAUGAGAACUAUAUGAAGUCAUGUUGCUGCUUUUGUCCUGCAGAUUAGAUGUAAAUGAAUCAGAUAGCUCAUGAAUAUUAAAGGGAUUGAAUCUGUACUUUUGGCAUUCAGUGGCAUUCAGUGAUUUCUAUCUAUCUAGUAUUGCUCCUAUUCCUUUCCAUGACAAUAUUGCCCAUUUCAUUGUGGGGCCUCACUUUAUGAGUGUAUAGAGAGGCACCAAUCUUUGUGCUACUAUUUAAUUUGCACAGCAGGAUCCAUACAAUCCAACAAAUGGCUGAUCUCAAUAAAGAAGAGAAGAAUGUAAAAUGCCUCAAGUGCUCUGCAACAUUUCAACCAAGCAAUAUUGUACUUUCUUGUCCCUAUUGCAAAAAGGAUUCUUUGUGCUCUGGAGGAGAAACCUCAGAUGUAUCAACUGAUAAAGCCAAUGAGAAUUUAGAACCUGAAGAAGGCCCCUCAAGAAAACAAGUAUCUUCUUUAGAAGAUUUGUCAAAGGCAGACUUAACAGACUCACACAGAAAAAUGCUCGUUACCCCAGGCAUUCGUGGCAAUAUUGCAGAAUGCAAAAUCCCACAUACACGAAUAGACGAUGGAGCAGCUAUUCAGCAAAUUUAUUCUUUUGGAAGGAAAUUAGGACAAGGCAGCUUUGGUGUAGUGAUUGAAGUAACACACAAAGAAACAGGCGUAAAGUGGGCAAUGAAGAAAGUGAACCGUGAAAAGGCUGGGAGUUCUGCUGUGAAGCGUCUUGAACAAGAAGUAAACAUUUUGAAAAGAGUAAACCAUGAGCAUAUAAUACAUCUUGAAGAAGUGUUUGAGACACCAAAGCGAGUGUAUCUUGUAAUGGAGUUAUGCGAAGAUGGAGAACUGAAAGAGAUUCUUCAAAGAAAAGGUCAAUUUACAGAGAAUGAGACUCGGCAUAUAAUCCAAAGUCUUGCAUCAGCAAUUGCUUAUCUUCACAAGAAAGAUAUAGUUCAUAGAGAUUUGAAAUUGGAAAACAUUUUAGUUAAAAGCAGUGACAUUGAUGAACAAAAUGAAAUGAAAUUAAACAUAAAGGUAACUGAUUUUGGUUUAGCUGUUCAAAAGACGGGAGGAAGUGAAAGCAGGUUCCAGUCUACCUGUGGGACUCCUAUUUAUAUGGCUCCAGAAGUGAUAAGUGCACAUGACUAUAGCCAACAGUGUGAUGUCUGGAGCAUAGGUGUCAUUAUGUAUAUGCUAUUAUCUGGUGAACCACCUUUUAUGGCAAGUUCAGAAGAAAAACUUUUUGAAGUUAUAAAAAAAGGAGACCUUCAUUUUAAACAGUCAGUCUGGCAAUCAGUCAAUAUAGCUGCUAAAAAUAUAUUGCGGCUACUUCUGAAAGUAGAUCCUGCCCACAGAAUCACUGCAAAUGAACUGCUUGACUGCCAGUGGAUCACAGGUGAAACAGACAUUGUUCAAAGGCCAUUUAAUGUCCUUGAGUUAAUGAAGAAGUGGAAUAACAGUAGUAGCAGCACUACAGAAGUAAAGGUUUUUGAAGAUGGGCUAAAUGGUGCAUCACCUGCCUCACAACUGGAAGAAAUUCGUGGAGAACAAGAUAGCCCUGUUAGCAGCAAUGGCAAUUCAGACCCUAAUAUAGAAACAGAACCAGAGAGUGGGAGCAGCAAACCCUCAACACCAACAAAACAAACUAGCAAGAAAAAAAUUCAUGUCAAUGUUUUACCAAAUGGGACUUAUAGAAAGAAGAGUUCAACUGCCAAAUCAACCUCCAGUAUUCAGAGUGCAGUUGGAUCAUUGUCCCCAAGACUAGUUGCAAAACGCACAGAUAAUCAAGAGAAGAAAAUUGAAAUAGAGAAGUCUUUGACCCAAGGACUUUCAAGCAAAAAUACACAAAAAACCAGUGCCCAUAGUGGCUUACACAAACACAAGAAGAAAUCUUAGAAGAAUCCCACUCUUCAAAAUGUAAGUCCUACAAUGUAACAAUUGCCAGUGCCAAAAUGUGGCAGCUCUAUAAACAAAAGGACCAAUAUACCUUGAACUUCUAUACUUGCUGUUGUUGUUGUUGUUAUUCUGAAGCCUGUAAUCAUCAAGAGAAGUCUAGUUUCAGAGUAGUGCUGAUAAGUGUUCUAAAGCAGUGUGAAUUCCCAAACUAUGUGAGGGCUUCCACUGAUAGUAUUACACUCAGAGCAGAGAAUUGUGUGAAAUUUCUGUCUUUUAUUUAUUGUACUCUAACAGGUAUCAUUCAGGCAAGCAACUAGUUUCUUUGAAUCCACUUGUAUUUGUCUAUGAUUACUUUUUAUUGUCAUAAAAAUUUGUGAAAGGAGGAAAGAAAGUAAGAAGCCAAAUAUGUAAUGACUAAGUGAUGAGGCUAUUUUUUAAAAAAACUCACUGCAUUUUGCACUUGUCAGAAAUUGAUAGGAUUUUGUUUAUAAAACUGUAGACAUUAUAACUGGUGUACCAAGGUCAAUUAAAUUUGUUUCUAAUUCUUUAUGCAUUAUAGUUAGUUGGAUAAUUUACUUAGAGCAAUUGUAGAUAUUAUGAAAAUUGCCAAGGUUAAUCCUGCUGCUAAAAUGCUUGUGUAUUGAAAUAAAAGCGAUCUUAGAAGAGUGUAUUUCACAUGCUAGUUCAUCUUCAUUUUUUUUUUAAUAAAGAUGGAUUGUUUCUGCUAAA